AAGGAGAAGCAGAAAGAUCAGAUGGAAAAAGAAUAAGCAGUAGCAACAGCUUUACAAUCAAGUAAAGAAGCAGUGAAAGUUAGAAAUAUACAAGUGAGAGGGGCCAACGCGUUAGUAGGGCAAGUGUAGAGAUUAGAAGAAAACUAAUUAAACUGCUGAUUAGGACAGUGGUACGAAGCAUAUAACACCUUUAGUAUCUCCUCAUAACAGUGGCAGUAUGUUAAGGUUUUUUUUCCUAGUUGCUUUCUGUUUCCCAAAUGUCCUGUUGGAACAACGUCGAAUUCUAGACCAAAGGAAACCUUUCUUUGAGCGUUUCCGAAGACUGGAGGAACAGUUUCGUCGAUUUCAAGAAUUAACACUAACACGUCUUCAGGGGAUUGCAGAAAACUAUAACAUCUCGUACAAUAUUGAUGCUCGCUUUGAUAACGUUGCGGUCCAGCAACAGAUGUUGACUGAAGCUGUCAAUGCAUCCAGCGAAGUAACUCAGACAGAGCUAAAUACAAUAAAACUGUGGUUGAAAAAACUUCAGAAAAAAAGCAAGAAGCAAGAUGUAAGAUUUUCAUCACUGGAGCAAGUGUUGACAAAAAAAAACAAACAGGUGGCCAAAGAGCAGAAGGAUCAAAAUAUUGUAAUAUCUAAUCUGACAUCUGCAUUCAGCAAUCAGAAAAGAUUAAUUGAUCAACUUAUGAAGGAAAAUAAUGUUUUACAGAAACGAAUGGCGCUGAUUCAGAGGGAGAGAAGCAAAGUUCCAACCUUAGAGGAACAGCUCAGAGGUGGCUUAGACAAUAAGUUAUUGCCACGUGCGCUGACAGCAACUCAACCGUUGAAUAAUACCCUAGAGAAUAGCCAGGCUGUAAAUAAAGAGAAUGAGUCAAAGCCAGUUAUAACUGUCCAGCAGAAUAUGAAAAAGCUUCAAGCCAAGCACGAGCAAACCAAGAGACUUCAGAAAAGAGCAUCAGCAGCUUAUUCCACUCAAGAACAAACAUAUACCAAUGAUAGCACAACCUACAAAUCACUUAAAGUCAUUCUUUUAUUUUGCAAUGUAGAUUACAUGCUGGUUUUCCCCAACUCUUCAACUGAAAACUUUGUCACCUUCAGAAGGGGACUACGGGAGACACUUCUUGAACUUUCUAUCUGCAGUUGGAUUCGUAUAAAUUCAAGCUACGUUGGCACAAUUCUUUCAUAUGCUACAGAAGAGAAUGACAACAAAUUGGUCAUUCAUGGAAGAAAUGAAGUAGCCUUUGAGUCUCUUCAUUUUGUGAUAGGGGAUCACUUUCGAGAACUGCCAGUGGUUUCAUUUCUAGAUGGUAAUUGGCAUCACACCUGCUUCAUCUGGUCAUCAAUUCAAGGCAAAUACUGGUACUACGUUGACCGUAGAUUAACUUCUACUGGUUCAAGAUUUCAGAAAGGUUAUGAAAUUCCACCAGGAGGAUCUCUAAUUCUUGGUCAGGAACAAGAGUUGGGUGGUGGUUUUGAUAGCUCAGAAGCUUUUGUGGGUUACCUGGCUGGAUUUGCAAUGUGGAACCAUGCUCUAUCACCAGGAGAGGUCUCUAGCAUUGCUACUGGGCAAAGCCCUGGGCAAAGAUACCAUAUUAAACCACUGGCAGAUGCAUCUUCACUUCAUGGGCAUGUGCAGAAGGUACACUGCAAUGUUUGGAGCAAUGUUUAUAGUACGAAGGAGAGUAUUUGAUGGCACAGAGUGGUUUACCCCGGAAUAAGUUUUUACACCUUUAGGUUAUUGCUAACCCUUUAAGUUGGGUUGACAUUGUUAACCUAUCAGAAUAUUAAAAUGACAAUGAAUAAGAUUAAAAAAAAA